AUGGACUUCGCGGGUGGCUUUUCGAUUCGAUUCCCAUCCAUCUCCAAUCGAAGUUUUGGCUUUGAAUUGGAUUUGGGGUUCGGUUCAAAGUCAGCUCCUUUUUCGUUUCUUCAUUAUCCAUUUGUGUUUCCCGGAGAUAAUCAGGACCAGCUCGUGUGCCAUGGCUGUAGGAAUAUAUUGCUUUAUCCUAGAGGAGCACCAAACGUGUGUUGUGCCUUAUGUAACACCAUCAACGUCGUUCCUGAAAUGGCUCACAUUAUAUGUGGUGGUUGUCGAACAAUGCUUAUGUACACACGUUCUGCAAGUAGCGUGAGAUGCUCUUGCUGUCAGACUGUGAAUCUUGUGCCAGCACAAACGAACCAGGUCGCGCAUAUCAACUGUGGGAAUUGUCGGACGACGCUCAUGUAUCCUUAUGGUGCAUCGUCUGUUAAAUGCGCUGUUUGUCAAUUCGUUAGUAACGUUAAUAUGGGAAAUGGAAGAGUGCCUCUCCCAACUAACAGGCCAAAUGGAACAAUGCCCUCAACAUCCACUCAGCCAACACCACCGUCUCAAACCCAAACCGUUGUUGUAGAAAACCCAAUGUCCGUUGAUGAAAGUGGAAAGUUGGUGAGUAACGUUGUGGUUGGAGUGACAACCGAUAAAAAAUAA